ACCGGGGUGUGGCGUCGCCUAAAUGAGAGUCCUCACAGACUUCCUGGAUGAAUCAGUGUAAGAUCACACAGUAUCUGGCCGCAUCAUGUCUGUCGCAGAAUGGAAGAAGAGAUGUGAGGCUGAGUGGAGUCUGCAGGGCGCACCGAUGCCGGACAGCCUGGACUGGAAGUCCGUCUACGACGCCAAACCGUUCGGGAGGAACUUACUGAGAAACCCCGCCCCUCACGGUUUAAGUAAGGACAUCCCUCCACCUGAACCUGACCUGCCUGAAGUGCCAACACGUGGACCUCCACGUUUUCAACCUGAUGGCGAUUUCAGCAGCUGGACCACAAGCACAGAAGUCCUCCCCUACGAUACCAGUGGCAUCCCAACAGGUGUUGCGGUCUGCGGACUGCCUCAAUACAGCUGGUUCUCUAUGGAGCAGGUGGUGGACCUGAAGGCAGAGGGACUGUGGGAAGAGCUGCUAGAUGAUUUUCAGCCUGAAAUAGUCAUCCAAGACUGGUAUGAGGAGAGUCAGCUGCAUGAGUCCAUCUACCAACUGCAUGUCAAAUUACUGGGUGCAGACAAAAGCACGAUGAUCUCAGAGCACACUGUCAACCCCACCGAGGAUCUCAGCACUUACUCACACACCUGGAAGGAGGUGUCACAUGUGUUCUCUGGCUAUGGGCCUGGGGUAAGAUUCAUCCAUUUCCAGCACCGACUGAAGAACAAGUUCAUGAUGGAGUUCUACCCCACACUGUUCACCGGCAGCUCAGUGAUGGUCAGACCAACCAAAAGCACCUAGGAUGAAUCCUGCUGAAAACUGCAAUGCAGAGAUAUUGAAGUUGCUAACACAAUCAAUGUAAUCAGCCAGAUCAAUGCAAAUUUCUUGAUAAAAUAUUUAGUUUGAUUUUUAAUGCACUUAGGAAUACUACAAAGGGUGGAAACUUUAAAAAAAAAUUAUGCUGAUUUUUGGAGCAAAUUUCAUAUUGUUUCAGUUUUGCAUUUGCUCUUAAGAUAUUUUUUUAAAUAAAGGGGGAAAGGGAAUUUAAUUAUUGUUCUUUAAGGAACUAUACAUAGGUUUGUGCAUGAAUGACAGGGCCUCCAUGAAUCUCGAGAAAUCAGGACUGCCUGCCCCACCAGAGCUGCCCCUACGCUGCCAGAGGGCUGGGUGGAGGACAGAGUUGGCUGGGUCUACGGGUCUGUUUGCUAAACCUUUUAUUAGGGUGAGCACUCUCCUUUACGAGUGCAGCUGGUGGGUGUAACCUGGAGUCAGAGCUUUGAUUUGGUAUAAAGGUCUGUACAUCCUGAAGGUUGUCACAGAACACCUGGGUCUUUUCUCCAUGCUGCAUGUAUUAAAGAGACUUGAUUCCUCA